AUACGUGUGCCAGCUAUUGCAUUGGAAUAGAAGCUGCAACCAGAGAGAGAAUAUAAGUUUAAAAUCUGUGGAGGCAGAUUUUAAUCAAAUGCAGGGAGAAAAUAGUAAAAUUCAAUCACUUGAUGAGGCAGCCGAAUGGCCAAGUAGUGCAACAGUCAUAUUCAAAGUUUGAAUACCAAGACAUUUCUGCAUUGGUGCUACGGUUUUCUUGGUUUGAAGGAAGAUUGAAAAGUGCAGUGAAAUAGUGCAGUGGUGCAAAGGUUUGAAGGUACAUUAAAAAGGGAAAAAAUGUGGACGGUGUAUACAUCAAUAAAGGAUAUCACUUCGAAAACAAAAAACUGGAAGAUUAAGAUGAUCGUUGCGGAAAAGUCACCUAAACGAAUAAGCCAACGCACAGCAGUGAAGUACCAAAAUUUGAUAUUAAUUGAUAAAGAGGGAAAUCGAGUGCAGGCGACAAUGUUUGGAACUGAUAUUGACCCCCGGGAGAACACUUUAAAAAUUUUACAGUCCUAUUAUAUCAUCGAUGCAUAUGUCAAACCAGUAGAUCCAAAAUACAAAAUUGGAGAAUAUCAAUAUCAAUGGACCCUUAACUCAAAAACAAUAAUAGAAGAAGUUCCACAGAACGAAGAGCAAAUAGAUGCACCGAAAUAUGAGAUCAUCCCAUUCAAGGACUUGGAGGCUUAUAGAGGGUCGAUUGGAGAAAUAGAUAUUUUAGCUGUCGCAAUCAAAAUUAAGCCAACUAAAGAGAUAACGACAGCAUCUGGACCAACAACGAUCCAGGAGAUUUAUGUUAUUGAUGAAAGCUUGAACCCCAUAUGUUUGACUAUGUGGGGUCGAUUUGUCCAAGACGAAUGUCAGAAAAUAUCAGAUAUUAUUGAAGAUAAGCCGAUAAUACUUGGAACAAAAAUAUCUGUUGGAUCAUAUAACGGAUUGUCUCUAUCAUCACGUCCAUCAAGUACCUUUAUAAUCAAUCCUCUUCUUCCUGAGGCAGCUGCAAUGAAGCGAUGGGCGGAGAAUAACGAUUUGAUAAUUAGAAGUAUUAUUGCAAGAUCCUUGACCUACCCAUCUGCACCACUGUCAUCUGUUGGUAUUCGGGAAAUUGUGAAGAAUUGUGAUAUUGCAGGGUUGAUUAAGGGUUUACAACCCAUGGCGAAGGCAAAAUUCUGGAUAAAGGCGAAGGUAAAUGUUAUUGACAUCACCCAAGUUUUUUAUUACAUGUCAUGCAUUGGCUGUAAUAAAGGAACUGGAUAUAAAUACAAUGAAAGCUUCGUUUGUAUGUAUUGCAAAAACCAAGGGGUCUGCAAACCACGUGCUAGGGCAUAUGUUGAACUGGACGAUAACACUGGAAAGCUAGCUGCUACUAUGUUCGGUGAAGUAGCUGAACAGGCACUUGGUUGUUCAGCAGUUGAAUUGAUGGAACGUGCUGGAGAGGAAAAUCCACCGUAUGUUAAACGCAUUGCGGACAAAUUAUCAAAAAAAAUUUGGAAGAUUCAAGUCUAUGCAGAUCCAGAGAAACUAAAGGAGAAAAAAUAUAGGCAAUUUAAUGUCCUCUCUAUUGAAGCGGUGCAAGAUGAAGAAAAUGCUGGAUCAUCAUGUUAGAAUCAAAAUGAUCUCAAAUAGCUUUCAUAGAACUAUGACUAAUGUUUAUUUAUAGUUUCAUGUUAUAGAUUCUAUUAAUGCUCUUCUUUUUU